AUGUCUUCGGAUGCUGAGAUGGCUGUCUUUGGGGAGGCAGCUGUGUGUCUCCAAAAGUCAGAAAAGGAAAGAAUCAAAGCCCAGAACAAGCCUUUUGAUGCCAAGUCAUCCAUCUUUGUGGUGCAUCUGAAGAAAUCCAUUGUGAAAGGAACAAUCCAGAGCAAAGAGUCAGGGAAGGUCACUGACAAGACAGGUGGAGAUACUCUGACUGUGAAGGAUGAUCAAGUCUUCCCCAUGAACCCUCCCAAGUACGAUAAAAUCGAGGACAUGGCCAUGAUGAUCCACCUCCAUGAACCCGCUGUGCUGUACAACCUCGAAGAGCGUUAUGCAGCCUGGAUGAUCUACACCUACUCGGGUCUCUUCUGCGUCACUGUCAACCCCUACAAGUGGCUGCCAGUGUACAACCCAGAGAUGGUGUUGGCCUACCGAGGCAAGAAGCGCCAGGAGGCCCCUCCACACAUCUUCUCCAUCUCUGAUGAUGCCUAUCAGUUCAUGCUAACUGAUCGCGAGAACCAGUCAGUCCUGAUCACAUAUGUACACCCCCUGCUCAGUGGAGAAUCCAGUGCAGGGAAGACUGUGAACACAAAGUGUGUCAUCCAGUACUUUGCAACAACUGCAGCGAGUGGGGAGAAGAAGAAGGAGAAGCAGCCGUCAGGCAAAAUGCAUGGAACGCUUGAGGAUCAAAUCAUCAGUGCCAACCCACUGCUGGAGGCCUUUGGAAAUGCCAAGACUGUGGGGAAUGACAACUCCUCAUGCUUUGGUAAAUUCAUCAGGAUUCACUUUGGGGUCACAAGCAAACUGGCUUCUGCUGACAUUAAAACAUAUCUGCUGGAGAAGUCCAGAGUCGCUUUCCAGCUCAAGGCAGAAAGAAGCUACCAUUUUUAUCAGAUCAUGUCCAACAAGAAGCCAGAGCUAAUUGACAUGCUCCUCAUUACCACCAACCCAUACGACUACCAAUUUGUGAGUCAAGGUGAGAUCACUGUUGCCAGCAUUAAUGACCAGGAAGAGCUGAUGGCUACAGAUAGUGCCAUUGACAUCCUGGGCUUCACUGCUGAUGAGAAAACAGCCAUUUACAAGCUGACAGGGGCUGUCAUGCACUAUGGGAAUUUGAAGUUCAAGCAGAAGCAGAGUGAGGAGCAGGCAGAGCCAGAUGGAACAGAAC